GGAUUCAAUCUGCCAACCCAAUCCCAAAGAAGAACUCCGUGGUCAGCUGACUAGCAGCGUCUUUGGCUGUCACAGCACACCGUAUGCUGUGUUCAAAGUGCUGCUACAAAACACUUUUGCGGCUCGACUAGGGCGUUAUGUUACGGAUAGCCAAAACCAGCUAGGCCUAUACCUCCGGAAUGGCGGCAGAAAUACAACCCAAACCGCAGACUCGGACUCCUGUUCUGCUCAACAAAAUCGAAGCUUCCCAAGAUGUUGUGAACACAGCGGUCAUAAUUCCAAAGGAGGACGGGGUGAUCAGCGUCUCAGAGGACAGGACGAUCCGGAUAUGGCUGAAGAGAGACAGUGGCCAGUACUGGCCCAGCAUUUACCACACAAUGCCAGAUUCUUGCUCCUGUAUGUCCUUUAACCCAGAGACCAGGAGGCUGUCUAUGGGGAUGGAGAAUGGAACCAUCUCUGAGUUCAUCCUGUCAGAAGACUACAACAAGAUGACCCCGGCACAGACCUAUCAGGCCCACCAGGGCAGAGUGACAGUGGUGCUGUUUGUUUUGGAGAUGGAGUGGGUCCUCAGUACAGGACAGGACAAGAACUUCACCUGGCACUGCUCUGAGAGUGGAACACAGCUGGGGUUAUACCGCACCACCGCCUGGGUCUCUGGACUGCAGUUCGACGUGGAGACGAGGCACGCCUUUGUGGGCGACUACUCUGGUCAGGUGACCAUCCUCAAGCUGGAGCUGGACAGCUGUAGUCUGGUCACCACCUUCAAAGGACACACCGGCAAUGUGACAGCUCUGUGUUGGGACCCGGUCCAGAGAGUGUUGUUCUCCGGCAGCGCCGAUCACUCCAUUAUCAUGUGGGACAUCGGGGGAGGCAAAGGCACCGCUAUUGAACUUCAGGGACACAAUGAGAAGGUCCAGGGCCUAUGCUACGCGCCACAUACACGUCAGCUGAUCUCCUGCAGCUCAGAUGGGGGCAUCGUCAUCUGGAACAUGGACGUGACCAGACAAGAGACCCCAGAGUGGCUGGACAGUGAUUCGUGUCAGAAGUGUGAGCAGCCAUUCUUCUGGAACUUCAAACAGAUGUGGGACAGUAAGAAAAUCGGCCUGCGACAGCACCACUGCAGGAAGUGUGGGCAGGCAGUGUGUGGGAAGUGCUCGGCCAAGCGCUCCACCAUCCCUCUCAUGGGCUUCGAGUUUGAGGUGCGGGUGUGUGACAGCUGCCACGAGUCCAUCACGGACGAGGACCGGGCACCCACGGCGACAUUCCAUGACAGCAAACACAGCAUAGUUUACAUGCACUACGAGCCUACCAUGGGCUGGCUACUGACCUCUGGGGCAGACAAGGUCGUCAAGCUCUGGGACAUGACUCCAGUGGUGUCCUGAAGGUCAUUGUUGAUGGAGCAUCAUGGAGCUCCAUCCACCUAUCAGGUGAGAGCUUACAUCAUGGUGGCCGUCAUCCUGAGAGGAGGUGGUAAUGUCCACAAGACAACCACCACAACAAUAGUAACAUCCACAGAACCUAGAAACACCAGGCCUUUCUUGCCUGACCUUGUCCCUCUUGGUGACUAAAUGUGCUGAGGAAGAGCUGUACUCUGGCUCCCGAUAUGGAUGGAAAGAUUUGGAAUAGAGACGCCUUGAAGAGGACGUAGGUGUGCGUGCUGUAUCAGGACUAUGAAAGAGCAUUUUUUGUUAGUUUUAUGGAUCCCCCUUACCUACAGUAUGUCACUCUGGAACAACAUUUGGAACUUCAACUAAAAUGUUAUUGUGCAUACAUAAUUCCCUAUAUUCUUUGGUUUAUUAUAUUUAAAACAAUGGGUCCAUAGUAAAAGGAACUCUGUGUAGGCUACCUGCUGAACAACACAUACAGCUAGUCGGGCAAAUAAAAAUAUUAUAUUUAAGUGCCUUCCUCAUAUCAUAUUGCAGCUCUCACUAUGGCAAACAGAGCAUGAAAAAAGUAGGUGAAACAAUUGUUAAAAUAAAAUUGAGUGAGAUAUGUAACCUGGAGUAUGUACAGUAGCGAGAUGGAAUACUCUAAUAUAAUCACAACUCAAGAAGGUCCCAAAGUUGACCUCUUAUAACUCAUCCUGUUUUGAUAGGCUCUUUGCUUGUUAGCUGCUGUACAUAGAAGCAGUAGGCGGAGGGUAGAAUAGCCCCGUUUCUGGGUGGACCCUGUUUCAGUUGAGGUGUCAGAAGUGUUCAUAACCUACAGAUGACUGCCAAAAUAAAGGAAGCACCAACAUUGUCUUAAUAGGGCAUUGGGUCAACAAGCUGCCAGAACAGCUUCAAUGCGCCUUGGCGUAAAUUCUAAGUCUCUGGAACUCUUUCGGAGGGAUGUGUCACAAUUCUUCCACAGGACAUCUGUAAUUUGGUGUUUUGUUGAUGGUGGUUGAAAAGGCUGUCUCAGGCGCCGCUCCAGUGUUCAAUUGGGCUGAAAUGUGGUGACUGAGACACAGUUUAAACCCCCUAUGCUCAUUUGAGACCCACCUUUCAAAUUCACUAAGAUCUCUUCUAACCAUAAUAAUUGGGCAACUGGGCAUUUUUGUACAUGACCCUAAGCAUGAUGG